AUGGUUGGUGAUGGGUCGUGCCCUAAGCGGGCAGAUUGUUCUUAUUACAUACGGACUGGUCUUUGUAGGUUUGGCUCAACUUGUCGGUUCAAUCAUCCUCACGAUCGGAAACUGGUUAUAGCAACAACAAGGAUUAAAGGAGAAUACCCUGAAAGAAUUGGUGAGCCUGAAUGCGAGUUUUAUCUUAAGACAGGAACUUGCAAAUUCAAAGUGACUUGCAAGUUUCAUCAUCCUAGGAACAAAGCUGGGACUGGUGGAAGAGUAUCACACAAUGUCUUAGGCUAUCCUCUACGUCCAGACGAAGAUGAUUGCUCUUACUUUUUGAGAACUGGACACUGUAAAUUUGGGGGAACUUGUAAAUCUAACCACCCUCAGAGUCAAUCAACCAACUUGAUGGUUUCUCUUCGGGGAUCUCCGGUUUACUCUGCUCUUCAAUCUCCAACUGGUCAAGAGUCUUAUUCUUGCUCGAGAGCAUCUUCAGUAUCUCAAGGAGGUCUCUUCUCGUCCCUGUUUCAUUCGGGAAACUCUGUUCCGCUCGGGUACUAUGCAUUGCCCCGAGAGAAUGUGUUCCCGGAAAGACCAGGCCAACCCGAAUGUGAGUUCUACAUGAAGACAGGAGAUUGCAAAUUUGGAGCAGUGUGUAAAUUUCAUCAUCCUAGAGGCAGACAAACCCCUGCUUCUGACGGUGUCUUAAGCCCAGUUGGCCUCCCACUACGCCCGUUUGGUUCAGUUUUAAGCAUUCGUAAUCGAAUUAAAACCGUUUACUUCUUCUUAGGGAGAACCAUUGUGCGUGUUCUAUUCGCGGUAUGGGAUCUGCAAGUUUGGUCCAAGCUGUAA